UGGGUCUCCGGCGCGGCGGACGGUCAGCGACGAGGGACUUCCCCCAGCUGCUUGAGCUCUUCGACACGUUCUUUCCUCGUAAUAUUGGACACUGUGCGCGUUUCUCGAGUCGCAAUAUCCAUACUGACAGCGUUGUUUCGAAAAAUCGUUGACCUGGCAGCAUGGCUACCAACGGUGACACGGGCAGAGCUUCGUCUGUCGCAUCGAGCUCUGGUAGCUUCGUGGAUGCGUCCGGAUACAAGUUCUCGGAGAAAGACAGCAAACCAACCAAAAUUAAGUUCAAGAAGCAAUCGAAAUCCGCCAAGGCGAAGAAAGGUGAUGAGAAUAAAGAUGUGCCUCCUCCCUCCCCGGGCUCGUCCCCCAUCCUUCCUGAGAUGGAUGAGAAAACUACAGCUGCCUUUCCCACGGGUAAUCCUCGCGAAGACCAGCUCGAAACGGUUAUCUGCAAGCACUGCAAACGCCCCGUUCUCAAGCAGAGCGCGGCAGAGCAUAUUAGAGGUUGUCUGAAGGCCAAGCAGGAGAAGGCACGCAAGAAGAAAGAGGCACGUGAUGCUGCGAACCGGGCGAAGGAGAGAGUCGAUCGGGACGGCGACGAUGAUGCUGCUACUGGUGGCGACGGCACGGUGGCCAAGAAGGGACAGAAGGGUACCAAGAAGAGCGCAAUCAAGGGCAAUGCUGAUGACGCGAACAAGAAGGGCAAGAAACGCAAGGCUGACGGGGAUGAUGACAAGGAUAAGGAGCCUAAGAAAAAGAAGAAGAAGGAAGAACCGAAGACUAAGGUUCCCAAGCCCAAGGGUCCCGUCGAUGUUGAGAAGCAGUGCGGUGUUACACUUCCGAAUGGAGCGCAGUGUGCCCGAUCCUUGACCUGCAAGAGCCACUCGAUGGGUGCAAAGCGUGCGGUUCCUGGUCGUUCUUUACCAUACGACAUGCUUCUUCAGGCCUACCAGAAGAAGAACCAAGCUCGCCAGCAGAAAGCGGCAAUUGACGCCAACGCCCCCCUUCAAGAUGACCUGGAGAACAAUGGUCCUGUGGACUCGGAUGAAGAGAGAGAAGCUGUCAUGGCGGCCAUCACCCGCUCUAACCCGCAGCCUCUUGAGACCCACCCUCUCAUUUCGAGCAGGCGAAAGUACCAAUACGUCCGCGUAAAGGAGAUGCUGUCGAAUGCUCUUGGAGGCGCCCGAGGUGGGGGGCUCUUCUCAACGGUUGAUAUAGCCCUCUCUUCGGCUCGGAACGUCUUUCAGCCUGUUGACAACACUCCUUUGGUGCCUCCCACUGAUCAGAAUGCGCCGGAGGCCACCAUUGACAUAUCGAAGAAGGCCUCCGGUGCUACCCCGAUCAAGACCUCUUCCUAAGCGACGAUCCUCCUGCAGAAGCAGAUGCCAG